GAAGAUGUCUAUGGAGACUGUCAUGUAAUUAUAAAAUGAAACUGAAGAUGGCAGUAAUGCCACACAGAUGGAUGCCAGUUGCUGUAAACUUGAUAAGAAGAAGAAGAAACCAAGCAAGCGGGGUGUUUUUAACCAAACAAAGGAGUGUUUAAAAAAAAAUGUUACGUUUGUUGUUUUCACAUGUUUUCUGUGGCAAAUAUACGACACAUUCUACGUUGCCGAGGUCUUUAUGGAGGUCGCUAACGAGGCAAUCAGACACCACAUUGAGUGUUUUUAACCAAUGGCGGCGCCAAUCUCAUGCUGGCAAGUCCAGCACUAUCUUUUCCAAACACCGACCAAAGUCUCCCGUGGUGUGGAUAUGCGGGGUCGGCGCGGGUCUGGCCCUGGUUUUAGGACUCACUCGCCGAGCGGGGACGGACGACACUUCGUGUGAUGAUAACAAGACGAGUGGCCAUCGAUACGACGCUGCCGUCGCAGCGAGCCGCGUGUUGUUGCAGCUGGCACGGGCUGAAGUCGGAGCUCCUGGUCUGGUGGUGGGGGUCUCCGUGGAUGGGGUUCAUGUCUGGUCUGAAGGGAUCGGGUAUGCUGAUUUGGAGAACCAGGUGCAAUGCGGACCUAAGACUAAGAUGCGGAUCGCCAGCAUCAGUAAGUCGCUGACAUCUGCAGCAGCUGCUCGCCUGUGUGACGAAGAGAAACUAGAUCUGGAUGCUCCAGUCCAGAAAUACUUACCAGAGUUUCCUGAGAAAGAGUUUGAUGGACAGAAUUUCACAGUAACCCCUCGCAUGAUUCUCUCCCACCUAAGUGGAAUACGGCACUAUGAGAAGGAUGCCAACAAAGUGAGGGAGGACAAGGAGAAAGCCAAGCGGCUUUUAAAGCCCAAAAAAGAAGACGAGGGCUCGGGUGAAAGCAAAAGUGAUCCCUCAAAAGAGCAGAGUCCCCAAUCCAAAGAGGCGCAGAAGAAAAAAGAGUUUGAUCAUGAAGAAUAUUACCUGAUGGACAAUUUUGAAAAUGUCACCCAAUCACUGACGCUCUUUAAGGACGACCCGCUCAUAUUUAAACCAGGCACAACUUUCCUGUACUCCACCCACGCCUACACCCUCCUGAGCGCUGUCAUGGAGCAGGCUGCUGACCAGUGCUUCCUGGAUGUCAUGAUGAACCUGUUUCAUGAACUUGGAAUGCUGGAUACCGUGCCAGACCAGAAUGAACCUAUCAUUUACCAUCGCUCCAGAUACUAUCAUCUGAACAAGCGAGGACGGGUAGUGAACUGCCCGUACGUAGACAACUCGUACAAGUGGGCGGGAGGCGGCUUCCUUUCCACUGUGGGCGAUAUGCUGCGGUUUGGCAACGCUCUUCUUUACAGCUACCAAAUUGCCUCCCUCAAGGACGCAAAUGGCCUCCUCCUCGGCUUCCUCCAACCCAAGACGGCCGUAGCUCUGUGGACCGCAGCGGACAAGACCGCCGCCACCUGGGACAAGGACGGACGGUACGGCCAAGGCUGGCUGGUCGUGGACAAAGAGCAGAGGUAUGGCCAUUGCAGGAAGCGCAGGCAUUACGUGUCGCACACAGGGGGCGCUGUUGGGGCCAGCAGUGUCCUCCUGGUGUUGCCCAGUGAGGACAUGGAGCUGCCACAAGGACAGAAGACCCUCCCACAGGGUGUUGUGGUCACCAUUCUCACCAACAUGCAGUCUGUGGGACUCAACAGCACCGCCCUGAAGAUUGCCCUCAAGUUCGACAAAGCCAGAAGUGUUUAGUUCUUUCCAGAACAUUGCAGGUACGAUACAUAUUUUGGAAAAUGUGUAUUUUUCUAUGAAGGUUGGUCAAUUGGACACAAUUGGCACUAAACUCAGAUACCUCACUGAUUUUGACACAAGAACGCUUUUACACAAAAGUCAUUGUAAUAAUGAACAAAUAUUUGUAUUGCACAAUGAAAGAAAGACAUUGCCAAAAUAGAUUUGUCUCUGCGUCAUAUUGAAUGACGGAACACAAUGGAAGCCAAAAAUACAAGUGGCUCUGUUAGGUGGAGUUAUAAUAUGAUGUCAGUCAGUGUUUUUCAACCACUGUGCCGCGAGAUACAGUCUGGUGUGCCGUGGGAGAUUAUGUAAUUUCACCUAAUUGGGUUAAAAAUAUUUUUUGCAAACCACCAGUAAUUAUAAUCCGCAAAUGUGCCGUUGUCGAGUGUUUGUGCUGUCUAGAACUCAGCAGAGUAACCGUGUAAUACUCUUCCAUAUCAGUAGGUGGCAGCAGGUAGCUAAUUGCUUUGUAGAUGUCGGGAACAUGGUUUGUCUUGAUCACAAUAUGCGGGAGGCAGCGUGCAGGUAAAAAGGUAUCUAAUGCUUAAACCAAAAAGAAAAGGCAUUGAAGCUUAGAGAAGGCUAUGCAAAACUAAACUAAAACUGAACUGGCUGCAAAGUAAACAAAAACAGAAUGCUGGACGACAGCAAAGACUUACAGCGUGUGGAGCAGACGGCGUCCGCAAAGUACAUCUGUACAUGACAUGACAGUCAACACCAAAAUAGGAGCGCAAGACAAGAACUAAAACACUACAGACAGGAAAACACCAAAUAAGUCAGGGCGUGAUGUGACAGGUGGUGACAGUGCAUCUACUUUGAGACAAGAGCUAUAGUGAUGCAUGGUUGAUUAUGGUUUGAAUUUAUAUCCAACAAUUGCGAGAACGACUUUUUACUGUCAAUAUCGGCUGCUGAGUUUCAUUUAUUUAUGUUUCCUGCUGGUGGUGUGCCUCGGGAUUUUUUCAAUGAAAAAAAUAUGCCUCGGCUCAGAAGAGGUUGAAAAACACUGAUAUAAGUAACAUACAUAAAUACUUGUGGGAGUUACUGACGACAUUAAACCUGAACCCGUGAAAAAUGUUCUGCU